AGCAUUUUUUUACGCGGCUGGGGCAAUCCAGGUCGACGAGGUCCACCUUAGCACGGACACGCCCUGGGUCGCAAAUCCGCCAGUUCUUGUAAUGUGCGAAAUAAGCACAGCGAACGAGGAAGAAAAGGUUGCGCAGGUUUCGUGGUAUCUCGGCCAAGAGCUCGUUUACGAAUGGUUCCAAAAUGAAACGAUUAACGUUUAUGGGGCUCUUGAGGAACGUGUUGAGCUUCCAAGCAACAGGACUGACAAUUGGAACAUCAAAAUAAACCGAAUUGCGUACGAGCUGCAGGGAGAAUUCAAAUGCGACGCCUCAAACACCGACGGCCAGUCAUCCUUUAAGACCUUCGAUUUCAUUCUAUUUUACAACGAAGGGGCCGAGUACGAGGUGCUGGCGUCGCCGAGCACCGACUGCGAUUUGCAGGUCGAGCUGAAAAUGCCGGCCCUCUACCCGCGGCCCAUCGUCCUUCUCUGCAAAAUGUACUCGAACGAUGGAUUCGAGUCUGCCGUCAUCAGAGGUUUCAAUUCGACAAAAAACAAUCCCGAUGGAUCCUACAAUUACUAUUUCAACGCCUCGAUCUGGGUGGGCGAUUACCCUUUUUCCUCUUUUUUAAACUGCACCGACUACGUUUACGGCACAAAAAUCGAAGUCUUCAGCUACCAACCUGUCGAAGAAAUGCCGACUUGUCGAGGUGAACUGCCGGAAACGCUGAAUCAGAGUUUCCUGCUCGACCGAGCGGUUUCCACCUUCAUCCCAGGCUGCAGGAACGACCUGAGAAAGGGUUCGGAGGCGAAAUACAGGUGCGCUCAGGACACAACGGUCCUCUUCUCGUCCACGUGCUCGCAGGACGGUCAAUGGCAGCCGGACUUGUUCAGCCUUCAAAUAAAUGACUUGCCAAAAUGCGGAUGCUCGAUCAUCAGCGGAAGCAUUUUAUGGCUCGUCCUCUUUGCAAUGUUCACCAUCAACUUGUAAAAGAGAAUUAAAUAUAUUGGCGUAUUAUAUGUAUUGCAAGAAAAAUAAACACAAAUAAGAUAAAAUUGA